AUGGCGUUGAGAGUUAUGAGUGGAAUACGAGUACCUACGAUCGGCCCAAUCCUAUUAAGAAAUGCUAUUCCGAAAUGUUAUAGUUUAGAUCCUUCUCAGAAAGGUGCAUUGGUUAAGAUAAUAACUACCAUGCUUAACGACAAGUCUACAUAUACAAUCGGAAGUGUGAUAAUGGCAUUUAAUGAAAUAGCAGUAAUAGGUCUGUUGAUAGAUAUGCAAGGUAAGCUGUUAUUAUUUAACGUUGAUCUUGCUUUGUAUGGCAUUAUUUCUAAAGUGGAGCUUAAUCAUGGUCAGAACGCAAAUCCAAAUCCUCAGGGAAUUAAGCCUUCUAUUAAGAAAAAGUCAAAAGCAUUCUACUCAGAUGAGAGCUCCGAGAUUCAUCCUCGUCAUCUGCUGACAAGCUUCGUCCUUUGGAACACUGCUUGUCAAACUAUUUUACUAUCUUGCACCCAACAAGAAACAUAUAAAAUGGGAAAGUCACUGGUCAAAACCACCCCGUUAUUAUCGGGAGAUACAAUACGUUGUUCUCAAGAAGAUUAUGAUGAUAGCGACUCAGCAGCCGGAAUAUGUGAAAGCCCGAACAAAGGUUUUGCUACUUCGGCAAUUCAGGCCAUUGGGCGGUGUGCAAUAAGAAUGAAUGGCAGAGAUGGCCGGGAGCUGUCUAAACAGAUUGACGAAGGAGGAGAUUUGAUUUUGGCAAGGCCGAGAGUGGAUGGGUCAAUAAUCAACCACGCCCACGACGCCUGCAGUCCCAACUCGACUGGUAGUUCUGCCGCUAUGAUGCCGUACCAGGCAUUGGAAA